AAAACAAUAACCGGGCUUCCAUAAACAAUACAGGUCCUCUGCUAAGCUCAUAUGACACAAACCCGACAAAAGAAACAUGAAGUUCUCUGCAACAACAAUGGAGAUUGCUCUAUGUCUUCUUCUACUAAUAUCCGUUCAAACAAUCGCAGAACCGUCCACAGACAAAACCGGUAAAAUUCCACCCCCACCAGUUCCAUCGUCUCCUACACAAAACCCUCCUCCUCCAAGCCCACCCACUAACAACGAGAACACCAUGUUUAUGCCUGAAACAAUUUCUCAUAUGAGAUCACUACGCUAUCUUCCCCUGAACUAGAGACAUAAGCUGGAAAGACAAAAUAUGUUAUUAAGAUCUAUCAGUGUGUACUUCUCUUAUGUUCUUAUAUGAAUGCAAUAAAGAACUUUAUCAUAGAUAUAUGAAAAUAAUAUUUUCUUAUGAUUGUUAAUUUGAACAAAUAUAUAUUUAUCAUCAAUAGAAUAUGUUCACACACGUACAUGCAAAUAUGAUGUACCUCUUCAAUCUAAGAUUUUGAUAUCAAACUAGGGAAGAUAAAGAAUUACUCCAAGUCUCCAAGGUUUUUGGUCCAAAAAAUACCACAAUUUUUUUUUGAAAAAAAAAAACUCUUCUAAAA